CUAGAAUCAACAUCAGCUACUGUUUCGCGUUUCUUUGUUACACGCGCUUCUUGCAUUGAUUCUUGCGACACAACGCGCACCUUUUACCGACCUACCCAUCCUUCGUCCUACAAAGACCUAUUCGCAAUGAGAUUCGACUUGGCUUUCUUGUACCUCACCCUGGUCACAUCGGCGGCCGCAUCCGUCAUUGACCCGCCCCGUCGCAUCAAGCGCAUCGAGUCCGAACCCAGCGCCAACGAGCACGAGCUGUUCAAGCGUCGUGGCGGUGGCGGCGGCGGAGGACGCGGCGGUGGCGGUGGUGGUGGUAGCAGCAGCUCUGGUGGAAGCCGAGGUGGAAGCAGCAGCUCCGGCGGAAGCUCAAGCUCCGGCGGCAGUCGAUCCGGAUCAAGCUCAGGAGGUUCAAGCAGCAGCUUUAAGAACAACGGCGGAUCCUCCCGAACUUCGAAUGUAGGCGGUGGCUCCCGAAGUGGCUCCGGCCCCCAGCCCAACUUCGCCGGCGGUCGAUACUACCCUGGUGGUGCCGUCGCUCCCUACCGAUCCGGAAACCGAAGCCCCGGCGCCGGUAUCCUCCCCUUCGUCCUGGUAGGCAGCGCCCUCGCCUUCUGGCCCGGCGUUUGGCUGUACGGUGCCUAUAUGUACCCCUACACCCACCAGUACCACUUUCACAACGACACGAGCGACGAGGAUGAAGUCCGCGACGUUAUUUGCGGAUGCGGCCGAUACGAGGUUUGCGGAUGCGACGACAACAACGAUACCGCCUACUACGACCAGCUCAUCGGCAACGGCAGCUGGGAGGCUCUCAACAAGUCCAUCGUCACCGUCGCCGAGUACAAGGGAAACAUCACCAUCCUCAUCAAUGGAACCCUCCCCAACGGCACCACUGUCCCCGAGCAGGACAGUCCCGCAGGCCUUGGCAUGAGGGGCAUGAUCGAGGCCCUCGGCUACUGGCCCGCUGUGGCCGCAGUCGCCGCGACCGUCUUUCUCGUCUAG